CAGCCUUUCUGAGGCAGACUUUCUGCUGUUUGAACCAAAAGAUAACUGUGCGUGGCUGAGAUAAAGUCUGGACGACAUACCUCGCUACUUAUUUCGCAUUACCACACCGCGAUCUGACGGCACGACUAAUGCGCUUUGGACGAAGUCUAAAGACGCUAGAUACAACAGACCACACAGUACGGGUGACGUCUUUGCUAGAUAAGAUAAGUCUGAAGUUGCGAGAAUGCUUUUCAGGCAUCUCCGGUGGCGGGGAACUUCUUCAGACCCGGACAAUCUGGUUUCGUGGACCAGCUCUUUGCUAUUUGCACUGCAAUACAUGUUUUACCGACACUACAGUUCGAAAGACGGAUCAAGUAUAGCCGCGAUUUAUCUUUGCAUGGUCGACACAGCUGCUUUUCUAAAGGGGGUGUUCGUUCGAGACAUGGACCUCAUUCGUAUUUUCCGCUCAUUCGACCUUGAUCUUCGAAAUUUUAAAGGUCUUCGAACAAAGAGGCACCGAGAACUUAAAGGAUCGUACUAUUUUGGAGAGUAUCUCUCACAGGGCGCGUUGAAAAUAGAAGACAAGUGCGAGAUUGUUUCGGCACAGGCAGUUAUUGACCAUGGGUUAUUCAAGAUAAGACCUGAGUUCAGCGAGCCGUUGUCACCAAAGGACACGCCGUGGGCAGAUAAAGUCAUAGCCCUGCGAGAAGUACUCUACGUAAAGGAAAGUCCGAGCAUUACCGAGACCGGAAUACGCGCCGCCCUCGACAUUGCACAGCUCUUCGGAGGAACCUGGAGGCUUCUCUUAGCUGCCAAUCUCAUAGCAUUACUCCCAUUCCGGAGCAACGACCACGCUAUACUGCAAGCAUUCAAUGCUGCAUCUUUUACAGGUAUGUUGUAUGUAGAGCAACACUUACUAACAUCCGCAGCCAAUGACAAAGAGAAUUGCUCACCUUCUAGUACAUCUUCAUAUUGAAGAGGUUAAGGGAUCUGCAAAACUAGGAGAUAUGAGGAGAAGAUCGAGAUCGAGAUCAAGAUCAAUGAUGAUCAGGGUGCUGAAAAGCGUACACUAAUGCAUGUGAACUCUAAACCAACUGUCUUUCGCUCACAUCCUAUCAUUUUUGGAUUCGCCAAUGUAAACACAAAAUCCAAUCUACGCCCAUUCUGUUCGUAAUACGAUAAACCUCUUAGCGGACUAGACAGUAGGAGAACAAGGAGCUAAAGAAGUGACCCCCUGUUAGUAAGCCAUUGGAGUUCAAGAUGUAGUUAUGCGUAGUUUGGGUGUAUUACUAUAAACCAGAACUUGACCUAACCCUAACGCCAAGUGAGGCAGAAACAAU